ACCUGAUGAUGUCACAUAGAAUCACAGAAUUAGAUUGGAAAAGACCUCUGAGAUCAUUGAGUCCAAUCGGUGACCAAACACCACCAUGUCAACCAGACCAUGGCACUCAAUGUCAUGUCCAGUGUUAAACACCUCCAGGGACAGUGACACCACCGCCACUCUGGGCAGCUCCUUCCAAUGUCUGAUCUCCCUUUCUGUGAAGAAAUUCCUCCUAAUGUCCAACCUAAGCCCCCCGUGGCGCAGCACACCAGUACCACGGCAGUCAGCACUGAAAGCUUUCCAUACACUGCCCAAAUCUACUUCAUCAUCCCAAAGCACGGGCCCUGUGCUCCCGUGGCCUCCCCGCAUCCCGCCGGUCUCCAUGGGAACGGACGCGGCGCGGGGCAUCCCGGGCCGCAAGACAACGCUGCAGUAAAACCCUGCCGGGAGCCGCGCCGCAGCCAAUGGGCGCUCGGGGACCAGCAGUACUGACCAAUAAGGCGCUCGGGGAUCGGCAGCGCUGACCAAUGGACACUCGGGAGGCGGAGCCGUUGGCCAAUGGGGGCGGCCGGCGCGCAGGGGGCGGGGCAGAGGCGCUGCGAGGCGCGCACGGACCCGAGCGCAGCGCUGUCCGCUCUGCACCGCGCCGGUCCCGCAGCGCCCGAACGCAGGCAAUCAUGAGUGAUCGAAAGGCAGUGAUCAAAAAUGCGGACAUGUCAGAAGAGAUGCAGCAAGACUCAGUGGAAUGUGCAACUCAAGCCUUGGAGAAAUACAACAUUGAGAAGGACAUUGCUGCUCACAUAAAGAAGGAAUUUGACAAGAAAUACAAUCCCACGUGGCACUGCAUUGUGGGAAGGAACUUUGGCAGCUACGUGACUCAUGAGACCAAGCACUUCAUCUACUUCUACCUCGGCCAAGUCGCUAUUCUUCUUUUCAAGUCUGGCUAGAACCAUGGACUGUUACUGAAACUUGCACCUGGGUACAGGACUGCACAUUGAUUCCCACCUUCAGCCUUCCUGGGGAAACACACCUUGAUCUUCAGGUCUUUUGUUGUAUUGUUAAUGGGCAGGGAUUUUGCUGUAGCGGCUCGUAUUUUCAUUGUGGCUAUACAGAAAAGCAAAAAUGUCUUCCUUGUAUUUAUUUUCUUUCAAAAGAUGGCUUCUUUGCUAAUAAAACCGUUGGAACGAGUUUA